GACAAGUUUACAAAUAGCAAAUAUUAAUAGCCAUGUGAAGUACCGGUAUUAGAAAUAUAUUUCUGACAGUUGGUAAUACUGUUCCUAGCGCGGAAGCGUCCAUCUUGAAUAUACUUCCUUCCUUUGGGUGUUUCGCCGUGAUAAUUUUGUGACGCAGCUACUUUUCUGUGAAGUUUCGUGUUAAUAAUUUGUUGUGUGCUCUUGUGGGGGUGUUAAGUGAUAAGCGAACUCUCUAAUUCGUUGUGAUAGUGGUUCAACAAACUGAGCUUUCAUGAUUGGAUUACCGCGUAGCGAUAGAGAUCGAAUAACGGUGAAAAUUCGUAAUAUGAAGCGGAGUUCUUCGAGGGAUAGUAUGCCACGAUCGAAACGAACGCGCAGUAGCAUCGGAAGAUAUGAUGACAGCUCUGACGAGCGCGUCACCCCGGAGAGGGUGCGGCGGCGGGUGCGCUCGCCCAGCCCUCGCGGCCGGUACGUAUCACCACACCGUGAUGACUAUGUACGCUCUCGGGACAUUCGAGAAGAAUCUUCGACAAGGCCUUACUACAAAGUUCUUUGUGUAAGUGCUCUGCAUCCGAAAGCGUCCGAUGAGAUCGUCAAGGAUACCUUGUAUAGGGAGUACAAGAAGUUUGGUGAUUUCAGCAUUAAGAUUUCUCAUGAGCUGGACGAAAGGGUAGCCUAUGUUUGUUUCCGCAGUGUCGAAGAUGCUAGAGAUGCCAAACAUGCUAAACCAAGAAUCAUUUUGUAUGAUAAAGUUGCUAUUGUUGAUCCAGUUUAUGAACCUGUACGAUCCGAAUAUAGAAGUAGGCCAAGAAGCAUCACACCACCUGAUUAUGAUCGCCCUUACUCUUAUGCAUGGUCACCGGUUCCUGAAAGACGUAGACCACCUCCUGAUGACAGGGCUUAUGGAAUACCACCUUCGGUACCUCCUCACCAUAGAGAUUUCCGCCCACCCAUGCAUGAUUACCCUAUGGCAGGCCCUCAUGGCCCUCCAAUGCAUCACAGACCACCAAUGCAUCACCCCCCACACCCCCAUUAUAUGCCACGCCCAUAUAUGCCCCGACCACACCAUCCACCCUUUGAGAAAAUUGAGAACAAAAAAGAUAAAUUCCCUAACUAUUUGCAUCAUGUCCAACCUGAAGAUGAUCCACUUGCCACAAGAACUUUGUUUGCUGGUAAUUUAGAAAUCAACAUAUCUGAUGAAGAACUACGUCGUAUUUUUGGUCGCUAUGGGAUUGUAGAAGAUAUUGAUAUAAAACGUCCACCUCCCGGUACAGGUAAUGCUUUUGCAUUUGUAAGAUAUCAAACCUUAGAUAUGGCUCAUAGAGCUAAGGUUGAACUUUCAGGCCAGUAUAUUGGAAAAUUCCAAUGUAAAAUAGGUUAUGGGAAAGCUACUCCUACUACUAGGGUUUGGGUUGGUGGUCUGGGACCUUGGACGUCUGUGGCUCAGCUGGAAAGGGAAUUUGACAGAUUUGGUGCUAUAAAAAAAAUUGAAUAUGCAAAAGGGGAAGCCCAUGCAUAUAUAUUGUAUGAUUCAAUAGAUGCUGCUCAAGCAGCUGUCAAAGAGAUGAGAGGUUUUCCCCUUGGUGGGCCUGAUAGACGUCUGCGUAUUGAUUUUGCAGAUGUAGGAAAUGGUGGUUCAUAUAGGCCUAAGACUUAUGCUCCACCAGUGGGUGAGGAUGGCAGGCCAGUUGAAGGAUAUGAAGGUUACGAGGGUACUUGGGAUGAUGGUUAUGGUUAUGGAGCUCCUGGCUACAGAGGUAGAGGUGGGCAUCGUGGCCGCGGCCGUGGAGCUUACCGUGGUGUGUAUCAUGGUACCGGUGACUACAGAGAUGAAGAAUGGCGAAGGGCACCCGCUGAUGGAGAAUACGAAGGUCGCGCCCGACGCUCAGGAUCACGAGAGCCUGGUGUUGACAGAUCACGUUCACGAUCACCACGGCGGCGAUCACCAGACAGCGAUUCGGACGGCAGCCCUCGCCGCAGUGGUGGAAUGCUUACAUCAGCAAGGACUUUACCAGAAGUGGUUCGUAAAGCUACCACAAUUUGGAAUGGGGCCCUCAUUCUAAAGAACUCCCUAUUCCCCACAAAAUUCCACCUCACAGAUGGGGAUUCUGAAAUUAUUGACAGUCUCAUGAAAGAUGAAGAUGGUAAAAACCAAUUAAGAAUCACUCAGCGCUUAAGGUUGGAUCAACCUAAACUAGAUGAUGUCCAGAAGCGUAUUGCAACUUCAAGUUCUCAUGCAAUAUUCUUAGGGGUCGCUGGAUCUACAGCUUCGAUUACUAAUGAAGAUGCAAGCAUUCAAACAAGGCCUAUGAGAAAUUUGGUGUCUUAUUUGAAACAGAAAGAAGCUGCAGGAGUCAUUUCACUUCUUAACAAGGAAACAGAGGCCACUGGUGUUUUAUACUCUUUCCCUCCCUGUCAAUUCUCAACUGAACUAUUGAAGAGAACAUGUCACAAUCUUACAGAGGAAAGUCUUAAGGAAGACCAUCUUGUUAUAGUAGUUGUUCGAGGUGGUUCUGCUUAAACUGACUCAAUCUUUUUAUGGAUAUAAUUUUAUAUUCUUAUUUUCGAUUUACAAUAAUUAGAUUAAGUUUUUUUUUAAACUUCCAGAAAAUGUUAGAAAGUUUUAAAUAGAAUCUAUCAUUAUUAUAUAUUUAUGUGAUGUGAAGUGAUGUGGUGGUUGUAAUUUUAGUUUUGUGAAAGUUCACAAUAUUGUAAUCUUGUGGAAGUGCUGUGAUAGUUCACAGUUGUAGUGACCAGCAAUAAUCUGUUAUUGCAAAUAAAUACAUAGUAUCUUGCUAGUUUUCAACAAUCUUAAACUGAGCAUUAAAGUUAAGUGAACAUUAUAAUGGAACAAACCAUGAGUUCUUGUGUAUAACUUAUUCAGUGUAUGUUAGGUGAGAUGUGUAGUGUAAGUGUGUGUACUUGCAAAUAGAUUAUUUUAACUUGAGUUGUAGUUUUUUUACACCUAGUGAGUUGGUGCCCAAAAAUCGUGAUUUAGUUUGUGAACUGAAUGUGCUCUCGGAAAAUAGAUUUUAAAGAAAACCUAUGAAUAAAGCUUAGUGGAUUGCAUUGUGUCAGCCUUAAAAGUUAAGUGGUAGUGUUCUGUGGAUAUAAAAACUCAGUGGGAGCAAUUGUCUAGUCUUGAGUUUGCUAUGGUUUGGAGAGCUGACAUAGUUAAAUUGAUAAUGCCCCUUGGAAUACUUGGAAAGAAGUUUAAGUGGGUGUAGUUAGUGAGUGUUAGUGAAAAUACGAAAUUAUGGGUUUGUAUAAUGUCCUUGGCUAGUGGUAAGUUUUCUGUAAUGGUGCCUUAAUUAACACUGAAAACCUGGCGCUUUUUUUGGUGGGGCAAUACCUGAACAACUGCAGUAUUAUAAAUACAAGUAAAAAAUAUUGCCUACUUAUUAUUACUAAACUAUCAUAGUUGUGUUUGAAAUUAACAUGCCUGAUGUUAUUUUUUUUGAUGCUUGAUUGAUAAUUAAAACAUAUUAUUUAAUUUCUAAUCAGGAUACACUUCAUGAAAAAUAAAUCAUAAGUGUUGGGUAUGUGCGUGUGAACUAAGGGGCCAGAUCAACUUUCUGUAUAUAUAGUCAGCAGGAUGUAACAAUUGUAGAAUGAGUGUGGGAAAUAAUAUAAAUAAAUCCGGUCCCUCAGUCCUCACAGACCAUCAGCCAGACCCUCAGAAAGUAUACAUUAAAUUGAGGUAAUGUGAUUACAGAGAAGUAGUAAUUUGUAAAGAUAUUUACUUUUUACUAUCAAAUAGAAAAAAAUAUAACAACAACUGCAGAGCCUCAUAACGAUUAAUAUUUUAGUGAAUAUUUUCAAAUAGAAACGCGUAAUGAAUGCGUUUUUCUUGUCUAACAGAUUCUAAUAGUUACCGUGUAUUUUGCGUACUAUCUAAAAACACUGCUUUAAUGUCUUGCAUUUUGUCUUUCGUUUUUGCUUCAGCUGUUGUAUGGAGACAAGAAUGGACCAUAAUAAAUUACGGUAAUGUGGGUCUUUUACUAUUAAAUGUAGUAAAGGAUACACAUUACCUUAAUUUAACAGAUACUUUGCGAGAUCUGGCUGAACUCCUGUGAAGACAUUUAAAGGCCUGUAGUUUUUACAAUAUUUUAUUACAAAUUCCCAGACACAUUCUACAAUUAUUGUUUUAAGACUAAAGACUUGUCCGCUGCAUCAUGUUUUGAACAGAAAAUUGUUCGAAAACCUAAAUAAGAGGUGUGGCCUAAAUGUUUUGUCGACCAAAUACACUUGAACGUGUUUGCCGGAGUUUGUAGAAAACGUCCCCCGCGUUCGUCUGAGGGCGGGGGCAAUCGUUUAUUUUAUGUUUCAAUUUGGCGAAGGAAGACGUGUUUUGAUGUGGCUAUCAUGAUGGAGUGCAUUGUGGAGUGAAAUCCAGAGACAACACUAGAAUUAAUCAUGUAGAUACGUGAAAGACCCGUUAUUAGGGAUAGACUUCAAAUGAAAAUAAAACAAAAAAUCAGAUACCUUCGCGGAAGCUUAUGGGUACUUCUGUGAACUCUGUGAGCCAAAAUGAUCGAGCCUCAGUUCACACCACCAUAAAAAACAGAACUAAAUCCACUUCAGCUAAAACAAUGUUCACGUCUUCCUCGUCACUGCUAAUUUUUUUUUAACAUGAAAUUUUGUGACAAUACUUUGCUGAACAUUGCUAAACUCGAAGCGAACGUGAAUGUUUGUAUCAGACAAUGUUCAAGAACAAUGUUUGUUCAAAAUAUUGCGCAGUAGACACGCCUUAAUACUAAAUCCUGCUAACUUAAUUUUAAGAAAUUUGAUCUGGUACCUAGUAUGAACAAACAAUAUGUAUGUUGAGUUACCGUCCGAUGCGGUCAUAGUGUAAUGAAAAUAUAAUGAUGAGCCAAAUUCGUGUGUAUUAGGGCUCAAUAGUUAAAAUUGGCUCGACGCGACGCUGAAUGAUGGUAAUAAUCGUAAGCAGUACCGACACGCAGCGUAGGGCUGCCGCCCAAAUCUCAUCGUUCGUUGUCUCGUCUAGAUGACAGAGUUUCCUCACUCAAAAUGACGCUAAGGUACGGUGUAGGAAAUUCUUUUCAAUAACAUAUUAUGCACAACACAACUAUAACCAAGCAGAUGCUGACUUCCUGAUAAUUAAUCCAGAUAUAUAGCCACAGCUUCAUGGACAUUAAAAAGGUUUCAACGUCUACGCCUCUUCAUCAAAGAUAAGUAUAAUUCUAAAGUGAAGCCGGCUACUAUUAUUUUCAACUAACGACCCCAAAUAAUUAUUCGGGGUCGUUAGAUGGUCUCGCUCGAGACCAAUCAUUUAUUUAUGGCAACAAUAAAGCCCGCGGGAGUUUUGCCUCUAAUUACUUGUACAUCCAGGUCUCAAGUUGUAUGCGUUGACGGUACUUAUUGAAUAGAAUAUAGGUAUUUGAUGCUUUGGCAACAAAAAAUAGAUAAAUAAACAUGCCAUUUGCCGAUACAUAUUUUUUUUGUGAGUUAAAGUAAAUUUAAAUUCUUUUCUAAAUGGUUUACAAUUAUGUGCCCUACGUGUGCCAAUUUGAGUCGGCCGGAGAUGUGAUUAGCAUACCUACUCCAUACAAAUUUGAAUCCUUUGCUGCGUUCCUGCCUGGCGUGCCUGAGGCAUUUGGUCUUGGGCGAUCUUGGAUGUCACCUUUCGCAGCGUCACCUCAUUGUCCAAGAAGUGACUAUUCGUCUCCAGUACCUAUCAGGUAAGACAAAUCUUCCGUUCUAUUUAGAGUAGGUAAAAAUUGUUGCAUAAUAUCCCUAUUUCCCAGUAACCGUGUAGUUUUACCAGUACUUUUAGGUAUCCUGCCCAAAAGAUUAGAAAUGUUAAUGACAACACUUUCUCUGACUAACCAGGGGGCCAAUCGGGAUUGCUAUGACUAUCGCUUACGAUUUCAUUUUGUUAUUUCUGACCUCCGGAGAUGUUUAAAUGCCUCGCACUCUUUUUUUUAUUUUGCAUCGGUGAAAACAAUAUUAUCGAAAAUGAUUGUGAGGUAUUUGAAAACCUUCGGCGGUCAGAAAUAACAAAACGAAAUCGUAAGCGAUAGCGAUAUUCAUAGGUAUCCCGUUAGGCAAUUGGCCCCCAGUUCUCGUCUCUAUCAUAAUAGUUGAAUAUUUUGACUGAAUGUACAAAGCAAACGAGUACCUAGUUAUUAAACCCAUGCUUAGUUUAUAUGCUUUUCAUUCUCACAUUUUUAAUUGAUGUUUACUUUGUUGAUAGAACAUAAUUAAAGUAGGUAAGUUAUACUUUCCUGUGCAUUCAGUAGGAGUGUGUGCAAAGGUUGACCGCCUUGCACAAAGAUAUAUCCAUACUAUAUAGGCUUGUGGGAAUUGUAUUGAUUGGUUGACUCCAUUUGUUUUUUAUGGAAGACCUGUUCUCCUCAGUAGGGACAUUAACAGAGGUAUUAGGCUGCCUCCACAGGAACCGGAGCGAGACUGCAGAGCGGAGAAUCAGAAAUAUUAACCAAUAAAAUUGCACAGAAUCUCUCAAUUU